GUGACUCUCUCUGCUCUUCACUGGACUUUAGAUGCUUACUUUGUUUUUCAUUCCAUCUCAUACUGAGCACCUUAGACGGAGGCAUUUCUUGACAUACAGCAUGUUGGCCAGCCUUGAACCAAUCCACUACAUGCAGGAACUGCAUCCUCAGGAUCCUUCAGGUGGAGGAAUGGACCUGGAUGUGAUAGACGAAUAUCUGAAGGAGCAGACCAGACAAAAUCUUCAGUCCCGAGAAGGAACAGAGGAGGAACUACUCAUAGCAGAAAACAGCUGGUCGGGCCGAUUUGCGUACGAGUGGCAGUACAGUGGGACAGGGGCGACAGAAAACAUAUGCUGUGAGCAGCAAAGUCAGCAUCAGCAGGUGUGGAUGAAUCUGCCCAGCUAUAAUGAGUGGGGAGGACAGUGCCGGUUUGAUCCCCCUCCAUGCAGUGACACAGAUUCUCAUUCGUCGAGUUCGGGGUAUCAGGAGCUCCCUCCGUCUCCGCCAUCGCACUCACAUAGCACUUCUCUCUCGGCAGGUAAAAGGAAGGAGCGUCUCUUCCAGUUCCUGUACGAGAUGCUUCAGACGCCACACAUGCGCAGCUGCAUCUGGUGGGUCCAGUCAGCAAACGGCACAUUUCAGUUCUCCUCCCAAAACAAAGAGAAGCUCGCAGAGAUGUGGGGCAAGCGCAAGGGCAACCGCAAAACCAUGACGUACCAGAAGAUGGCGCGCGCUUUGCGUAACUAUUCACGUACCGGCGAGAUCUGUAAAGUAAAGCGUAAACUCACGUAUCAGUUCAACGAAAGAACGCUCAGAGGACUUCAGAGCAACGUGCAGAAAUUCACCCAAGCCUAACUGUAGCACUAACAGGAUAAACAUCCCUUUCACGCAGGAGAGGACCUGAAUAAAUACUGAGUAUUUGUACUGAAUUUGAGAAUCAUCAUGAAUUUGCUCAAUUGUCCAAAUUUAAUAAGAAUGUAUUAUGUGAUUUUCUUUUUUUAGCAUUGCAUUGUUCGGAAAAAAAAAUAAUCAGAAACCAAAUGUUUAAUAUUUCUAUUUUUUUUCGUAGUUGGAACCUUAAACACGGACACAUUCGCAUUGUUCCUUGAAGAACUAAAAAUACCUGAGCAGGACCUUUUCUUUUUCUGACAGUGUGUUUGUAAAUCUGAGGAUUGUCAUGAUGCUCUACGCUACGUUCUAGUAGUACUACCGUACUCCUCUAGAGCAGAAUAGUAGUAAUUAGUAAUUUUUAAAAACCUUUUAACUUUUUUUUUUACUUUGUAUUUCUCUUUCUUUCUGAAUCUGCUGUAAAUCUGUAAUAAAAAAUCAGUUCAAUUAUAA